AUUGUGACCGUUUCACACCAUUUCGCUCGCUGGUGUAUCGCGUAGAGUCGAAACGGUGCUAGUGUGGUUUUUUUAGCUUUCUCCGUUUACAGGUUGCCGUUCGGCGUCGGGAGGAGUAACUUUCUUUUGUGUGCAGCGUUUGUUUCCGGAGGAAGCGGAGUGAUCAGUUACAAAGUGCGCCAGAUCUGAGUGUUUUCACUCCAAGUGUUAUAGUUCAUAUAGACAGUCCGUGCUUGGUUGUUUAAAUCCUGUCCACGAUGAGGUUGUUCGUUUUGGCGGUCGCCACCCUGGUGGUCCUCCAUGGGUACGUGGAGUGUAAGAAUGCAACGACGAGCCCCACCGGCACAACAAAGGCGAAACCAGCGACGACUACGAAAUCGGGCGCACCGUUGGCCACCACGCCAGCGACGACGAAACAGUCCACCGAGCCGAAGCAACCGGGCAGCGAUCGGGAGGCGCGCGGCAAGCGCACGCUCGAGUUCGGCAACUUCGGCAACGGCAACGGCUACAACUACUACCAGACCGUACCGGCGCACACGGCCCAGCGCCGCGUGUCGCACGCGUACCAAGACCCGGGCCAGUACAACCACUACCAGAGCAACUACAUCCAGCCGCAGCAGUACUCGUUCCAGCACCAGCACUCCGGAUCGGCACUCGGAUCCUCUGGGGGUUUUCAAGGAUUCGAAGGUGACAGCAGCAACAGCAUCGGCAGCUUCCAGUCGCUUCCACCGGUAGUGCAUCCGCACUACAUCGAGCCGCCGGAGCCAAUCAUCGAGAUCAUCAUCAAGGAGAGCAACGAUUCGCUGCCACUCGACGCCCAGACCAUCCUGCCGCCGCAGAAGCGCAAGAAGGAGGAGGUGCAGGUGUUCUACGUGAAGUACCACAAGGACGAGAAGAACGGGCAGCUCGUGCUGGACGACCCGCUGCCGGCCAUCAAGCCCAUCCCGGACGAGAGCGAAGAGGAGGUGGAUCCGUCCCAGGAGCCGAUCAUCGUAACGCCCAGCCCACCGCUCAAGACGACGACGCUGCGCGCGGUCAUCAACCCGGACUCGGAGAAGUACCACAGCAACAGUGGCAUUCGCAUCUCGUUCGGCGUGGAGGACAAGCACCAGUCGGGCCAUCAGGUGUCCGAGUCGGAGAGUGAGUCGGUGGCGCAGCCGAUCGUUGCGCUGCCCCAGCACGCGGUCGAUCAGCGCUCCAAGUCGGACGUGUUCUUCCAGCAGCACCAGCAGUUUGUGCAGCAGCAGCACGAUCGUUCGGUGCGGCAGCACUAUCAGGCGCUGCCACCGGUACAGCAACAUCAGCCACCACCGCAGCCGCAGCCGCAGCAGCAGCAGUUCCAUCAUCAGUAUAAUGUGCAGGCUCAGCAACAUCAGUAUCAUCAUCAAGCGCCACCACCACCACCGCAAGCUCAGCCACUUGUGCAGCAGCAUCAGGAGGCGCAAAACUUUGGACAGCAGCGAUUUGCGCCGGCCCCUCCGCAACAGUACCGUGCGCAGCCACCGCCACCACCGCAGCCCCAACCGCAGCCACAGUUCCAGCAGCAUCAGCAGCAUCAGCAGCACUACCAGCAUCAGCACUACCAGCCACAACCGCAGCCGCAGCCGCAGCCACCGCGUGUUGUGUACCAGCAGGCUCAGCCUCAGCCACAGCCACAGCCACAGCCACAGCCACAGCAACAGUUCCAGUACCGUGGACCGUACACGCAACCCCAGCCGCAACAGCCCCAACCGCAGUACUUCACGCAGCAGGCGCCAGUGCCUCAACCACGUCCGCAGCAGGUUCGUUUCCCGGCCCCACCGCAGCAACAGCCGCAGCCGCAGCCAAAUUAUUAUCAGCCCCAGCCGCAACCGCAACAGCAACAGCCGCAGUUCCAGCGCCAAGAGUACCAGCAGCCGAAACCGAUCCCAAUUCCGCUGCACAACAUCAACCAGCAGCCACCGCUAAGGCAGCAGUAUCAGCCGCAGCAACAGCAGCCACAGCAGCCGGCCCAACAGCAACCGAAGCCACAGUUUAACCAACCGUUCACCAACUUCUACAAACAGCAGCCUCAGGUACAGCAGCAGCAACAGCAGCAGCAGCAGCAACAGUUCCGUAAACCUGUACCACCGCCACCGUCCAGCCUGCAGCAGCCACCGUUCCUGGCGGCGCGUCCACCACAGCCACCACAAACGCCCACCUUCCAGCAGCAGAACGAACGACCCAACUACUACGAUGUGCCCCGCCCCGUACAGGGUGGACUGGUGCAGCAGGCAGCACCGAACCUGGGUCCCACCCGCGCACCGGAACAGCCGAAGGGUUCAUCCCUCUCCAGCCUUACCAACAACGAGCAUCUGGCAAACCUGAAGCACGUCCUGCCGGCCGGCGGCGAACUGGUACCGUCCGUAUCGAAGUACGAAAAGCACAUCACGGAAACGGUCAGCGGACCGGCAGCAACGUCGCAGCGUCUCUCCGCCGAUACUGGCAACCGGCCUCCGUUCUACAACAUUCAGCCAUCGCAGGAGCUCAUUAGUCACUCGAUCGAACCCACGAUCGAGACGAUCCAGAACAAAAACAUUGGCCCGCUCGCCUCCAGCAUUGGACCGCUGCCGACGCCCCAGAAGUACGUCAACCAGCAGGCAGCGCAGAUCAUUCCGAACUCCGAGCCACUGAACUACCGCGUGGAUCCUCGCUUUAAUGCCAACUUCAACGCGGUGGCGGCACAGGGCAGCAGUACACCGUCCACUGUCGGUACGACCCGUACCACCUACUCGCCGACGUUCUCCACGACUCCGCGCACAACCGUCAAUCGCUACACGGCGCCACCGACACCGACGACGACCGCCUAUCGCACGACGACCACCACGGCUGUACCGCCAACGACCACCACUCUCUCGCCCGCCGAAGAGGCGGCAGUGGAGCAGAAGAAGCAGAAGGCACUGUUCGAGCUGCCCGCCGAGGUGCCGGACGAUCUGCGGGAGCAGCUCCUGUCGUCGGGCAUUCUCGAGAACGCCGACAUCAGCGUGUUGGACUACGAUAAGAUCGGCGAGACGGCGCUGGAGAAUCUGCCGCCGGAGCAUCUGGCCAACUUCUUCAACGCGGGCGGCGGUUCGCAGCUGGCAGGGUCGAGCAAUGUGCUGUCGGUGGUGAAACCGAACGGUGACAAGCUGGCGGAGAAGUUCAUCACCAAGAACUACGACGUGAAGGACAAGCGGGACGAGCGCGAUCGGUACGAAAUUGCACAGCAGGGACAGGAGGGGGCGGUUCAGCAGGCGGAGGAAGAUCAGCCAACGAUCGUGACGAUGCCGGAGCGGCAGAACGUUGAUCUGAAGGUGGUGCGGUUUGAUUCGAACAAUCAGCGCAACGUGACGGAUCGCUACAUUAAGCAGGACUCGACCAUUCUGCCGUCGGUCGAUGUGACCGGGGAGGAUGAGUCGGGUGCGGCGGAUCAGGUGUUUAAUCGCUAUCUGCCGCUGAAGAUCAAUGGUGCCCAGUUCCCGAUUCCCGAUGUGGCGGAGCUGCGCGGUCGUAAGAUUGCGAGCGUGGUUGUGCUGGCGCCGGUGGAUAGUGGAGCGUCGUCGACGGCGGGCAAGAGCGGAGAGAGCGACGAGGGCAGCAGCACGGGCGGGUUUCUGAUCAAUGCCGAGGAGGAUGCGGCCGAGCAGGAGCAGCAGCAGCAGCAGCAGCAGCAGUCGCGGUUCGAGCGCGAUGUGCUGCUCGACUCGAAGAAGAUCAAGUUCAUUGCGGGCGAAGCGCUGAAGCAGCUGAUCAAGAAGCCGUCGAGGGAGAACUUCCGCCGGUGGUUGGACCGCGAGGGCAAGACGGACGUCGAUCUGCAGAGCGUGGUGCUGCUGGUGACGAGGAACGAUUACGACGAGCAGGAAAUCUUCAUGUACGACAUCGCGACCAAGGGCGUGACGCAUCUGAGCGGUGAGCUGUCGGCCGCCUUCGUCCAGGUAGCGGAGGAGAACGCCAAAACGCAAAACUUUGACGAGGUCCCGAUCGUGGACAGUGGAAUUGUCGAGCAGAUGGAAACCAAGACAUCGGGCGAGAAUAGUUCCGACUAUGGUUCGUACGCACUGACCUCGUCCGAGGAGCAGGACGAUCAGGCCCAAGCGUCGGAGCGGAAAGCGAUCUACGUCUAUCCGGAAAACUACCGAGGGUUGGAGGUCAACUCCGGCUACAGUAACAUUAAGAAGUAAGCACUCGCCUCCCGCCCGUGUGUGUGUGAACCCGUGAAAUACCCUUUUCUUUCCUGUUGUGCUGGAAGGAAGAAAGUUCAAACAACUGCGCUAGCUAGGUGACUCCUUACCCCAGAGAUGGAGAGAAACGAACUGCUGCUGCCGGUAUAAGAGUAUAAGAAGAGCCUGUGUUUGACGCUGCAUAAUCAGUUAAAUUCAGGCUCGAUCGAUGGAUUUCUUGGGCAGCAGUAGCGUUUGGUAGAAGAUGACCGUGAGGCAGAGCAUGCAUUAAGAAAUACUCGUUUAGAGAAAGCAGUCAAAAUGCUUGAAUUGCGAACCAGAUGAGAGAGAGAUGGAUGAGAAUGUUGAGGCACGCAACAGUGUGUUCCUUCUCCAGAACGAGAAAGAGGCCAGCAAUGAACCAAUAUGUAGGGGGCGCUUUCGUUCACAAACUGUAAAUAGUAUGCACCGUCGGGGCGAUGUACAUGGGAAACCUGUACACUCCCGACCAAUUAGGUAGGACAAUUGAAGUACUUUAAUGAAAACACAAACCUAAAUCGAAUCCAGAUUUUUCCAAGUUGCCAGAAUUCGUUCGAUCGCGAUCGAUACGAUCGCUGGGGUGAGAGUGCCGUUCUGCAAACGACACACCACUCCUCGAUCGAUCGAUUGCAAUCGAAGAACUUUUGCGAGAAGAAUGUCGUACUAGCCUAGCUAUAUAUACCUACAGUAGAGAGCCGUAACGGAGAGAGAGGACCGAUAAUGUUAGGCAUUUUUUAUUUGUUUUGUUUCCUAUUUGUCUGACGCUCGGUAGGAUCUUUUGUUUUUUAAAGUUGUGUGUUUUGUUUUAAAUUUGUGCAAUACACAUAUUGCAUCCCAUCCGUUUGGCAGUUAAAGUUUUUGAGUAACAAAAUUAUAGGGGGCGCUGCA